AUAUGGUACAUUGAAUUUUUAACCUCGUGGGGCAUUUCGUAGCAUCGCCGCAUCAUUACUUGAAAGUUGAAAAAGCGAAGUUACCCAACACAACACGAUACAUCAUAUGAUGACAGUUUAUGCGGGUUAGUAUACUUCACCCCUGUCCAUUUCUCUGUCUCAGAUGAUUUUAAUUCUUUUCCCUUUUCCGGUACUGUCCUCCCUCUCCUUCUACCUGCCCAGGUGAUAUAAGCUAUCUGAGACUGGGCUUGAUUAACCACAAUGCAUUUAUAUGGCUGUCCUUUCGGUUCGCAUAAGACUGGAUUUUGGAAUUGUUGUAGAGAGAGAGAAAGUUGCUGCUGGAUGCUUACUUGUAAACUAGAGCAGAUCAAGCUGUUUUUUUGAUUUGGAUGCUCGAUUUUCAAUACAAGAUUGGUGAUAGAUAAGUGGUUUUUCCAGUUUAGAUUGAUUUAGUGGGUUAGCUGCUACAUUCUUCGCAUCAUGCCAGUUGUCCAAAAACUGUAUGAUGCCUGCAAAGAGUCUUUCUCGGCUACCGGUCCCGUAUCAGAAGAAGCUCUUGAAAAUGUCCGUGCUAUUCUAGAUCAAAUGAAGCCUUCUAAUGUGGGUCUCGAACAGGAGGCACAGUUGGCUCGUCAAUGGAAAGGUUCCAUAAAUGGCACCAAUGGACGAAAAGGGCGCAAUGGGAGUCUUCAGUACCCACCUCCUAUCAAAUAUUUGCAUUUGCAUGAGUGUGACAGAUUCUCUAUAGGGAUCUUCUGUAUGCCACCUUCCUCCAUCAUACCACUCCAUAAUCAUCCUGGAAUGAUUGUGUUGAGCAAGCUUCUUUAUGGCUCGUUACUUGUAAAGUCAUAUGAUUGGCUUGAUCUACCUGGGCAUAAUGAUCCAUCACAAGCAAGACCUGCAAGACUCGUUAGAGAUUGUGAAAUGACCGCUCCUUGUGGUACAACAGUUUUAUAUCCAUCCAGUGGUGGCAACAUUCAUUGUUUCAAAGCCAUAACACCCUGUGCUCUGUUUGACGUUCUUUCACCACCUUAUUCCUCAGAAGAUGGACGGCACUGCUCUUAUUUCCGUCGAACCCUUAAGCGAGAACUGCCUGAAGGAACAGAAGAAUUGUGUGGCAUUGAACCCUCCGAAAUUGCUUGGUUAGAAGAAACUCAACCUCCAGAAAACGUUGUGGUACGGAGGGGUCUGUACAAAGGCCCUACUAUUAGACGUUAAAAGGUUUUUCAUUUUUUUUUGGUGAGGAUGUACAAUACCAUUAAUCAGAUUAGAUGAACCAAUGGAGAACCAAGGAAUUGAUUGCUGAAAAAGUUAGUUGUCAACUAACAUGGACAGUAAUAAUCAGUUGUCGGCAUUAUCAAGGCAUUUUCUGUACAUAUUUUAUGUAUUGUACUGAUAAAUGGCAAAUGGAAACAAGAAGAGAAUGUGCUCCUUAGGCCCGUGUCUUUCCAAGCAUAGAACUUUUACUGUAAGGUUUUGCUAGAUUAUUGCAAUGUUUGUGGAAACUAGGUGUCAACAAUUCUGUGAUAAGAUCUGUAUGUAAUGAUUUAUUGAAUA